UCUCUCCCGCCGGCUCCUCGCCCUGGACGUAGGGUGCUGAGGCGCCGCGUUAGGUCAGGCUGCCCGGCCGUGCGCUGCGCUGCGCUGCGCUGUGCCGUGCCAGUACCCACGCCACGCCACAGGCACUCCGUUCAACGCCAGCCAGGCCACUUGGGCUGCGCCCACCCACCCACCGUUCUCCCCUCGAGUACGGUAUCUGGCUUCCUCUCCUCUCAAUCCAUUCCCCCCCCCCUGCAUCAACAUCACCACGGCCUCAAUCAUUCCGCCCAGCGACCUCUUCCCGUGCCUUCCGCAUCGACCCGCCCGUUGGUUCGUGCCGCAAAUAAUCACCGCCUUUCGUUUUCGACUCGUUCUUUUCCCGACGUGCUACGCCGCCGACUCGCAUUUUUGACCGUGUCCAAUUCUCCGCCUGCUGACCCCCCCGAUUACGAGACGUCGAGCGAAAAUUACGGUGCCGACGACCUGUCCAGCGAGGAAGCAAGCCUCCCACGAGGCCAGAUCGAAGGCAAAGCAGGGUAUCGUCAAGUCUGCGGCCUUUGUGGCCGCCCAAACUACCCUGCGGGCCUGAGUAGGCCUGCCGACUCCCCCAACCGCCGACGACGCUGUUCGACACCGAUCGAGUCGCCGCCAUGAGCCCCCCAAACGGCAAUGGCUCAAAUGUCCAGCGGAGGUCAUCAGCGAGGAUGUCCGGUCGGCUGUCAAUAAGCGCUCGCAGCGACGAUGACUACGAUCUAGACGUCCACGCCGUCUCCGAUGGCUUCCGGCCAACACAGAACGGCUUCAGACCACCUGCUUCCGAACAACCCUACCUCACAAUACCACAACCGCCACCCGCUGUCGCCACGAAGGGCAGCUAUGAGACGGAGCGUCCGUCGAGCACGUCGAAGCCUCCGCGAUCACACGACUCGCUGAGGCUCCGAAACGAUGGCUCAAGCUGUGCUCGCCACUCGAAUGGCAGACCUGUCCUUCCCGAUCUGGCCAUCGGCACGCCGCUCAUGCAGGUAGAGGCUCCAUACGACGGGCCGACAGGGCCAUCACACCCGUAUGAGAUGUAUCCACAGAGGACGUUUAGCAAUGCAUCGACUUCUACCGCACCCCGGAUCAACCGACAGUCGUAUCACGGGCCUCGUGGCCCUACGCACCCGUACGCUCUCUACACCCAGAAUACCACGACAAACGAAGAGCCCGAUCAGCAGGCCGCCCAGAAUCAAAUUCCCGUCGGCUUCACCGGCAUGGGCGCCAGUUACCAGCGGCAACUAGGGCCAGAUGGCGAAGAGGCUGGCGAUUUGAUUGGGCCUCUUGGCCACUUGGAGGAAUUGCCGCCCUACACGAGAUACCCCGAGGAUUCUUUCGCCAGAAAGUCACCCGAGCCCGUCUCCAAUCUGUCCCCGUCUCCCAUUCAGCCAAUUCCCGGCGCUGGCGGCAUUGGGAUUGCAACCCGCGAUCCCGAAUUCUCGUCUACAGAGGACGAUCUAGGUGUGCCUUCACGCCCCACAUCACGGAACGAAAGCCACCACGAGGUGAACACAGCGGCCCGCGAAUACUCGGAAAAGAAGACCAUGACCAAAUGGCAACGCAGAGCCAGGAAAAAGCUGUGGGGCAUUGUGCCGUACUGGUCCAUUUUCCUGAUGCUCGUAAGCAUCGUCAUCAUGGGUAUCGUCAUGGGCGCCGUUAUCGGGACUGUCCUCGUUGGCCAUAAUCGCGACGGCGGGUCGUCAGGAGACGAACAAGCCGACAGGGAGCCAUCCGGCACUCCCUCCGAUGUCAGGCCACUUGGCUCGCUGCCCACAGGCCUACCGCCGUUGGCGACGGGAUAUUUCUCCCUUCCACCCCUCGAUACUAGCCAGGCGCCGAAAUCGUGCUUCGUUGAGCCGACGCAGGCACAGGCGUGGAGUUGCGAUAUGCCGUUCCGAUUUUACUCCAUGGAGAUUCGACAGGACCCAAAGGCUGCCCCGACUUGUAACUACGAACUCAGCCUGACUGCCUUCAAGCCCUCGAUGGCCAAGUUCAUCUGGGGAACGCAGCCGCCGGAUGUCCCGGAUCCUCAGCCGCUGCAGCUGGUCGAGGACAAUUUUGAGAGAGGUCGCGGUCCAGCGUGGUGGCUCAGCCUCACCUAUAACAAGACGGUCAUUGUCUCGGACGAUGCCUUUCCCGGUCAGAAGACCAAGCGGAAUUGGCAUUACUUCGAUACGCCAAUGGCCGGCAUCGACCCCACAAGGUUCAAGAAGAAGAAUGUUGGUGCCAAGGAGGGCGACAAGCCGUGGAUCUGCACCUGGCCGAACACGUCGCUCGAGAUAUUCAUCUACCCGUCUCAAAACGCCAGUUCUCCCUCCUUUGCGAAAGUAAAGCCAUCGGCAACCACGACUGCGUCCGCCGACGAUGCUACCCCGACCGGAGACGCGGCUCCGGACCAUGUUCCCGCUUAUCCCAAAGUCGUCAAAUUCCUGGAACGUCGAUACAAGCAACCAAACUCUACGGCUGUCUGUCGCCAGGUUCAAAUCACCAAUGACGGCCACGGAGUUAAACCGCUCCUUGGCUCCGAUGGCAAACCGAUCGAGGUAUCGAUCUUGGAGCGUCGGAGGGGCCUAGACGGCACGCUCAUGGAGCAUGACCGCUAUGGGCAGCGAGAGAAGCGAUUCCCCACGAGCUUCUUGUCGCGGGAGGCCCUUGAGCUCACCGACUGCGGCUGCCUGUGGUGGUCCACAUGAUAAACGGGCAACACACAGCGACGUCAGCCGCGACCGGGGACACCCCCUCGUUUCAUUACCAAGGCAAUCGGGCAUCUGGUCCGUGUCAACGCAAGCGUUGCGUUUACUAUUAUAUUGUAUUCACCUUUCUUUGUAACGAAUCAUGCAGCCGAUUGGGCCGGCUCCCUCUUGCACAUUGAGCACACAGACGGCGUGCGUAGCGCCUUGCAUCCACAUUUCUUCACGCGCGGCGAGUGGACGGAUUUCUAUUGGGGCCUGGAGUUAUUUUGCGUGGCUGUCACGGGACAUAUUGCCCAUCUACUUUCUUUUGCUGAAGUAACAUACACACGCACACGCACACGGACGGGCGCGUGCAUAUAUGGCUGGGAUCUGGGACUUGUUGGCCGCUCGCCUAUUUAACACGCGGAAGCGAGAUGGUGUGGCAUAGCAUAUUACGGUUCGGGUGGAUUCUUGCGCUGCGAUCGUUUGUGCGGGAGGCGAGACGAGUCUAGCCAUGAUCCUGCUGCGUUGAAGGGCCGGGCGACUUUGGCCACUUUGCGAAAAAAAAACUCGCCCUCGUGCUGGUGGCCUUUGAAGGCAAGAAGUCGCGGGGCACGAAUGUGACACAUCUAUUUCGAGUUUGGGCCGUUGGUACAGAUGGGAUGCGGGGAGGGUUGAGGCCCGAGUAGUAGGUAUCUAGGCUUGACCGUGGGCACAGUGAAAAAAGAAUAUAUUUGUGUCACUACUUUGGGCCUCGGCACAGGGCGCAAUCGUGAGGGCGGGAUGCGAUAUGGCUCCCUAGUUACUUGCCCUUGUUUGUAACCACGUAGCCAACGACAGUGU